CCCGCCCCUUCCAGGCCCUCGAUCUGUCCGCUGGGGGCGCGCUCAGUGCGUGGCAGGCGACAGCGGCAUCGGCUACUGAGCGCGCGGGUCGCGUGGCGGUGCGUGGUUGCUAGGGGCGCCUGAGGUCGUCUGCUCGCCCAGCAGGCGGAGGGAAGGAAGCAGCACGGAGACGACGCGAAGCCAGGCAAGGGGUUCUCAAGCUGGGCGCUUUCCCAUUUGGACCAAGAUUGAAGAACUUAGCCACAGAAAUAUACUUGUUUUCUUCUAAACUUGAACUCUGCAGGCUAUAGGUCAGUGUUUGUGCCCUUUUUGCUUCUUAAGUCCUCCUGUUCUCCAGGGAUCAUAUGUAGGAACAAGAAAAUGUUAGAUCAUUGGCUCUGUAAAAUGUUAGAUUAUUCAAAGUUAUUUUCCAGAUGAGGUGAAUUUAUUGACUCCUAAAGUGAAUUCUUUGCAAGCCUCUAGUUGGACUGUCAGCAAAUGGAGGAUCCUUUGGACUUAGUCAGAGACAAAAGAGAGUGACCAUGCUGAAGAGAUUAAGACUCAGAACUACAAGGCUGGUUCAAAGAUUCUGCAUGAGACGAAACGAUGAAUGAGAAGACAGACUUUCUAUCCUGGAGAGCAACCCAAACUGACGUCUGGGCUCUGAAGUAAAGAAAGCUUUUCUCCUCUUCUUGCCUCUUCAUUCCACACCCUGAACACUCCUGUCCAUUGUGGCUGCUGGGAAUAAAGUCACUUUGACAGACUUCAAAGAUGAAGCUGUUGCUAUUGGAGAUGUGUGGCACCUUACCUGAGCCAGGCCCUGAGGCCAUGCGGCCAUGAUGUGGGCCCCUCAUGGCCUCAGCAGGAGCAGAGCACUACAGUAUUGGCCUCCGCCCGGGAAGCAACUUCAAGCAGCGAGGUUCCUCAGGCACAGUGCCUGCUCCACCACCUAAGAAACCGUCAGAGUGCAAAGUCUGGUCACAGGCCCAUCAGCAGGUGAAGCCAAUCUGGAGGCUGGAGAAGAAGCACGUGGGCACAUUGUCAACGGGGCUGGGCUCAGGCCUCUUAGGGGUUCCACCCCAGCCAGCCUAUUUCUUUUGUCCCAACACUUUAUGCAGCUCUGGGACCACAACCGUCAUUGCAGGUCACAGCACCUCCUGUUACCUGCACUCUCUCCCAGACUUGUUCAGCAGUACCCUGCUGUACCGCCGUUCCAACAGUAGGCACAAACCAUACCAGCAAUUGGAGUCUUUCUGCUUGCGCUCAAGCCGAUCAGAAAAAAAAACUUUUUCUUUCCCUCAGAAGAGUCUUCCUGUCAGUCUCACUGCCAGUAAAGUCACUUGUUCCACGGUCUUCCCCAUGGCUCAGCCCAUGGCAUCCUCAUCCACAGAUCCAUACCUCUUACUGGCAGCAGCUGGGGAAAGCCCUUCAAGGAGGAGUCUGGCCUCUGCCAUCUCAGGGAAGAUCCCAUCUCCACUGUCCUCUUCCUAUAAGCCCAUGCUGAAUAAUAAUUCCUUCAUGCGCCCAAGUAGCACUAAAGUGCCUUUAUCUCAGGCUGUAGAGGGCCUGAAGUCAGUAUCCUCACCCAAGAUCCAGCCUAUCUCCUGGCAUCAUUCAGGGGGUACAGGAGACUAUGCACCCCAGCGUGUUGAUCAUAAGGUGCCCCAAAGCACUGGCACUGUCCUAGAGGAUGCCACUGCCCAUAUCACCCCUGCUACUCUGUCUACCCCUAGCUCCCUCAACACAUCCACCACCAGUGUUGCCUCUUCUCAGUAUAGCCAGAAUAAAUUAGCCUUGAGGACAGAGCCACAUCCCUAUGUCCUGGAUGACAAUUCAGAUUCCCAGGCUCCAGCUAAAGAGGUUCGUUUCACAGAGGCUGUGAGGAAAUUGACUGCAAAAGGUUUUGAGAAGAUACCACGGCAAGGCUACCAGUUUGAACAGUCUUGUUUUGUGAAUCCCAGCCUCCAGUGGAACCUUCUGAACAGGAGCAGGCAGUGGAAACCUGUAGCUGGCCAGCAGUUUCCUCAGGAGGAUGCUGGAUCAGACAGUAGGAACCUUCCUGGUGCCUCGGAUACCUUGGGGUUGGACAGUACAGUCUUCUGUACCAAAAGGAUCAGCAUUCACCUCCUUGCCUCACAUGCCAGUGGGCUCAGUCCCAGCCCUGCCUGUGAGUCUGUAGUUGAUCCCUCACCACCUAGAGAAGAUAAAACUCCUGUUCCCUCUCCUCUCCUUCAGCCCCUUGGGGUAGCUGAAGUGGCCACCCAUCUGUCUUCCAUCCAUCUGGGCCAGCCUGGAAAGGAAGAACUUCAGAAAGGCAGGGAGCUGGCCUCACCUGCUAGGGAUAUUGGUUCAGCAGCUAACCUCCAGCCAGACCAGGUUGAGGCUGAAGAUACAGAAGAAGAACUAAUAGACAGUUUGGAGGACUGCUGCAGCCAUGACGGGAAUGAAGAGGAGGAGGGAGACUCAGAGUGCUCCUCAUUAAGUGGUGUCUCCCGCAGCGAGUCGGUGGCAGUGAUCUCUCGGAACUGUGCGGAGCUUCUUACCAAACCUUCCAUUCAUGAGAAAGUUGUCCGACCAGCCCUUAUCUACAGUCUCUUCCCUAAUGUGCCUCCUACCAUCUAUUUUGGCACUCGAGAUGAAAGAGUGGAGAAACUCCCUUGGGAGCAAAGGAAGCUGCUCCGGUGGAAGAUGAGCACAGUGACUCCCAACAUUGUCAAGCAGACUAUUGGACGGUCACACUUUAAAGUCAGCAAGAGAAAUGAUGACUGGCUGGGCUGCUGGGGUCACCACAUGAAGUCUGCUAGUUUCCGAUCCAUUCGAGAGCAUCAGAAGCUAAACCACUUCCCAGGUUCUUUCCAGAUUGGAAGGAAGGACCGACUGUGGCGGAACCUGUCUCGAAUGCAGAGCCGCUUUGGCAAGAAGGAGUUCAGUUUCUUCCCCCAGUCCUUUAUCCUGCCCCAGGAUUCCAAGCUCCUGCGCAAAGCCUGGGAGAGCAACAGCCGCCAAAAGUGGAUUGUGAAGCCACCAGCAUCAGCUCGAGGCAUUGGCAUCCAGGUCAUUCACAAGUGGAGUCAACUACCCAAGCGCAGGCCCCUCCUGGUACAGAGGUAUCUACACAAACCCUACCUCAUCAGUGGCAGCAAGUUUGAUCUGCGGAUCUAUGUUUAUGUCACUUCCUACGAUCCUCUACGGAUUUACCUCUUUUCAGAUGGACUUGUCCGCUUUGCCAGUUGCAAGUAUUCCCCUUCCAUGAAGAGCCUUGGUAACAAGUUCAUGCACCUGACCAACUAUAGUGUCAAUAAAAAGAAUACUGAGUACCAAGCCAAUGCAGACGAAACAGCCUGCCAGGGCCACAAAUGGGCACUGAAGGCUUUGUGGAACUAUCUGAGCCAGAAGGGAGUUAAUAGCGAUGCCAUCUGGGAAAAGAUAAAGGACGUCGUUGUCAAAACCAUCAUCUCAUCAGAGCCCUAUGUGACCAACCUGCUCAAGCUAUAUGUGCGACAUCCUUACAGCUGCCACGAACUCUUCGGUUUUGACAUCAUGUUAGAUGAGAACCUCAAGCCCUGGGUCCUGGAAGUUAAUAUUUCCCCAAGCCUCCACUCCAACUCUCAGCUGGACAUCAACAUCAAAGGCCAGAUGAUCCGAGACCUUCUGAAUCUGGCUGGUUUUGUUCUGCCCAAUGCAGAGGAUAUUUCCAACUCCAGCAGCCCCAGCAGCUCCAGUGGCUCCAGCACCAGCCUGCCCAGCUCUCCCAGGGACAAAUGUCGAAUGGCACCAGAGCAUUUUACAGCACAGAAGAUGAAGAAAGCCUAUUAUUUGACCCAGAAAAUUCCUGACCAGGACUUCUAUGCAUCCGUGCUGGAUGUCCUGACACCAGAUGAUGUUCGGAUUCUAGUUGAGAUGGAGGAUGAGUUUUCUCGUCGUGGUCAAUUUGAACGAAUUUUUCCUUCUCGGAUCUCUUCUCGCUAUCUCCGCUUUUUUGAGCAGCCACGAUAUUUCAACAUUCUCACCACCCAGUGGGAGCAGAAGUACCAUGGCAACAAGCUCAAAGGAGUAGAUCUGCUUCGGAGUUGGUGCUACAAAGGGUUCCACACAGGAGUCAUCUCUGAUUCUGUUCCACUGUGGUCUCUGCCGACAUCACUUGUGACUGCCCCAAAGGGUGAUGGAGUGCUCAGUGCCUUCUACAGACCAGAGCCUGGCAAGCUGGGAAAGAACAGCUCCUCCAAGGGAAACCUAUUUUCAUCUGAUGACGGGACCAUACCCAAGCCCAAGAAGACUCAAGUUGGCCUUCCCCCUUUCCCCAGGAAACCCAUCUGCUUAAAGGAGAGUGAGAUCACCAGCACAGAGCCCGGCCCUUCCCAGAAGUUACCUGUGAUCAAGUACUCUGGGCGGACUUCCAGACUUUCUGUUUCCUCCACUUCCCAGUCAAUCAGUGACUCCCUCCUGCCUGCUGUGAGCCCAUGACUGUCCUUCACAGCCACUGCCCAGGAGCACCCGUGUCAGCUACCUCAUGGGAACCAUCCUGCUGACCCGCCUGACCCCUGCUACCCUUCCACAUUGCCCCUCAUCAGAGUAUUUUUUUGAAGUGGUUGUAUUGCAGAGAUGGGUAUCUGGAGGGCUGACGGGGUGGUGGUGAUGGGGAAAAGGUGAGGAAGGUUCACCCUCUGUCACCUGUCUGCCUGACUGGCACCUCCUAUCUCCGUAGAGAAGUGGGUGACAGCCAAGCAGCCUUAUAAAACAGGGUUUGGUUUCUGUCUUCAGAGAGCCAUGUGUGGUUUGUUUGUGGCCUUGGUCUUCAAGUGGAGAAAAAAAAUGCACCUGUAGUCCCAGCUACUUAGGAGGCUGAGGCAGGAUAAUCUCAAGUUUGAGGACAGCCUGGGCAACUUAGUCACCCUAUCUCAAAGGAUAGAAAGGGCUGGGAGGUAGCUUUGUGAUAAAGCACCUGGGUUCAAUCACCAGUACUGCCAAAAAAAGAAAAAGAAAAUGUGCUAAACAUAAUUGGGCCAGAAAUCCUUUGUUUUAUGAUCCAGGGGUUCUUCUGAAUGUCCUUAUUUUCUCAGGUCUGCCCUCCCCGACUCCCUACCCACUCUUCUGAGGAGCCACUUUCAGAAACCUUCAGACUUCCUCAGUAGACAGUCAGGAGGGCUGUGACAUACUGAAUCUAUUUCCUGACAUCCUGGUCUUGAGAGCUUCUCCACCAUUGCUCCUUUCACAUACCCACCCUGCCAGGAGACCAGGGUGCUGCUGUUCUGACCUCACAUGCUCCUUGUCCAAACUUGUAGACUUCUCUCAUGGACAUUCAGCCCUUGGCAUCCUGUGGGAGGUUCUGUGAACUUUGUGGCUUUCCUGUGGCACCAGUGAAGGAGCUUGGGUGACCCCAGUUGCUAUUAUCUAAGUUCACAUGUCAAAGGAAAUACCCCCAAGGAGGGGAAGAAAGGCUUGUGUUCCUCUUUAUAGCAAGUAGGUUCUGAUACCUUGGCAGGUAGGUUUCAGGGCAGUCACUACUAUAGGGUGGGCUUCUAGUCAGACCUCUGACUAAGCUCAUACUCCACUGAGUCUACCUCCCUCCCCAGGACUUGGUGAACCGUGAGUAUUAACAUAUUGAGCCCGUGAACUACACACACAGUCCUCAAUAUGCAGGCACCUGAGCCUCUGUAGAAUGUGGAGCCUGGGGGAAGCACACGGGGGAGUGGAUCAGAAAAGUUGUUAGCAUUUGAACUAGGGUCCUCUCUUACCCAGCACUUCCCAGUGGUUGCUCACCUCUUCCCCUGCUCCUGCAAUCCCUUUAUUUAGUUUUCCUAGCAGCCAUAGUACAUACAUAGAGCCAGUUUUCCCAUGUCUCUAAUCCAUGUAAGGUUUGCCUUUUACACAUCAGGCAGAAGCUCAGCAGUUUCUCAACUUCACCCUGUUCUUUAGUUGCCCUCCUCUCUGAGCUUUGAGAGAUACCCAUGUUUCUUGGCUCCCGGAGUUUGUGGUGAGUUGGGAUGGGGCCCAAGAAAAAUCACUGAGAGGCCUGAUUGGGCUCAAGGCCACAGAGUAGGUGGAUGUGCUGGUCAGUCCCAAGGCUGUGUUGAGAGUUGUGAAAAAGUGUGGUGGCAAUGUCCUGGGCAGCACUUGCCACUCAACAAAUAAGGAUUUCAAAGUCAGGCUUCAAUGAGAGAGGUCCUUGGCAGUCCUGGUGAAUUUGUUUUACAAUCAAAGCUAACUCUCUCUGGUCCUCCCUGGGUGCAGUAUUCUAGUGCAGAUUGACAUAGGGCCUAAGCAGCCCUCCUAAGAGAAAACUAGCCCCUGUUUAACAGCUUUGUUCCUGCCAGUUCUCUGGUGCAAGAGCUUAGGUAUAGAGGCCUAGGUUGAGCUGGUUGACUCCUUAGAAACCAACUUCAAUUCUUUGGCCUAUUCUCUGAGAGCCCCUUUAUAGCACAACCAACCCAUUUCCAUCCCCAUAACUGGAGAGGGGACCAGCAUUGCAGUAUGAUGGAUAUUGGGGGAGGAGGAAAGAACUUAGGAAAUGAGUGAUGAAUAUAAAAUGCUCUUAGUGGUUUAAAACACUUUUAUACAUUCUGUUUUUAAUUUUCAUUACAUUUAAUUAUCUGAUAGGUAUGUUUUGCUGGGUGGGAGAAAGGAAUGGGGCUUGCUUUUGAGAGAAAGUUGUCUUGCUUAUUAUGCAAUCAGUACCCCUAGUUUAACCCUGAAUAUAUAGUAUUCAACUAAAUAAGGAAGUUUUUGAGAAGUAGUUCUCUGUUUGGAAAUUUGAAUUUGGGAGUAUAAUAGAAUAAAUGUUUGUCAGAAUAUAUCAACUGGUUUCCCAAGUUGAUAACUUACCCAAUCUCUGUGUGGAAGUAGGUGAGUGUGUGCUUUGGAGGCAGGGAAUGAAAUACAGGGUAUUUCUGGAGCACUGGAGUAAGGAUUUAGGAUUGGGGUGGAGAGCGUGGUCACUAUUCCUUUUUGCUUCAAGUCCACUCAGGGUUGAUUAGAAACUAGAUUCCUUAGAUUGAACACUAAUAAGGUAAGUAGCAUGGACCUCAUAAGCUGCCCUAGGCCCUGAGUCCCAGUUCUGCAACUGAGUCCCAGUUCUGACCUUGGGCAUACCAUCUAAUAUUUCAAAGUUUUGUUUCUUUAUAAUAUGAUUAUGAUACCUACAUUGCAUGGUGUGAAAACAAGCCAAACAUUAAAGCAGGUAGAGAGAUCGCUCCUUCUUUUUGCUUACCAAGCCCUGUUCUUGGCAAGAAAUUUAAAACUUUUUCAUUGAAGGAAGCAGAGUGGCUACAGAUAUUUUAGCAGUCCAAAAGCAUGCUUCCCUAGCUUGUGUGAGGCCCUGGGUUCAAUCCCCAGAACUACAAAAAUAGAAGUGCAGAGGCCAGAACAGGGUCUCGAUAACUUAUCACCCCCCAUUUACCUUAGUGCAACAAGAAACACAAUCUUUGUUAUUGCUUCUACUAAUACAUUAUUGCUGUAAUAGAGAUUUGUAUCUUUGCUUAAAUAUUUCACAGGGUACACAUUUCCUGGGAAAGGGAGCACAUUAAGCAUUGGAAAUACAGAUGUGCACUGGGCACAGGCACACACUUAUAAUCCCAGAUGCUUGGGAGGCUAAGGCAGGAGGAUCACAAGUUCAAGCCAGCUGCAGCAAUUUAGCAACUUGCUAAGUUAAGCAACUUAGCAAGACCCUGUCUCAGAACAAAAAAAACUUAUCCCCAUAGCUGGGGAUGCGACUCAGUGGUUGCACACUCCUGGGUUCAAUCCAUGGUACAAAAAAAAUAGAGAUGUAAAUUGACUUGAUUAUCCUAAGAAAAGUGCAAGGGAAAAGAGGGUGCCUGGUGUCUGGAAAGGAGGAACACCAGGCAUCCACAGGGAACAGAAGAUAGGGAGCUUGACUGGAGCAGGAACCAAAGGACUGAUGCACAGACCUAGCAGCUAUACCAAGGGACAGUUGUCAAUGUAGGUACAUUCUCAUGAUGUCAGGAUAUUUGGCCUUCCCAUUACAGUAAUGAGAGGACAUGCCUGAUGGCCUCUGGGGCACUCCAAUAGUGGUGGGGGCUGAUGUCUGGGCACAGGGACCUUCCUACCUACCUCCCUCAGUUGAAUUAAUUAUUCAAGAAAGGCCAUCCCCAAGUGCAGCAGGGAGUGCCCCUCCUUGCUUCCUCUUGAUUUGCCCUUAAAGGUUCCCUUCUGACUACUGUUCUAAUUCACCAUCUACUUUGGGACUUGGCAACAUUGAUAGUUUUCAUGUGUGGCUAAAAGAGCUCAUCUUACCACUUGAAAUCCCAAAUCCAGACCCUCUGACAACCCCCUGUGGCAAAGUUUGUAUACUCACAGGACCCAGGGAUCUAUACCGGCUUGAUUGACUUGCUCCUUCACCAGCUUUGGAUCAAUGAAAGCUGCAAGGACUCUUGCUUUAGUCUAGCAGAUUUCUUACAUGAGUGAAAACCCCAGAAGGCUCAGGAACCAGGGUGGUGUUUUUUUAAACCCAUGUUUACUUUAAAUUUCAUAAAGGACUGCCAGCAAAAGCUAAGAAAAACUUGAAAAGCUAUUUAGCUUUCCAUUAGUAAACUAGAAUACUAAAGUCUAACUCAUAGGUAGUUAUAAGGAUUAAAUUUGGGGGAAAAAAGAUUAAAUUGGAUGUAAAGCAUCUAAAAAGUGCCUCACACAUAUAUAGUGCAGAUUUAAAUAGGUACUAAAACACACCAAAAAUAUUUCUUCCAGACUGGCAUGGCACAUGCCUAGUAAUCCAGCAAUUCAGGAGACUGAGGAAGGAGGAUUGCAAGUUAGAGGCCAGACUAGGCAACUAGGUGACCCUUUCUCAAAAAAUAGAAAAGGUCUGGGGAUGUAGUUCAGGGUAGAGUAUACCUGGGUCCAACCCCCCAUACUACAAACAAUGAAAAACUUCCCUAAAGUAAUAUUAACAGCAUGCAAUAGCAAUAUAAUACUGUUAUAAUAGGAUGUUACUAUUACUAAACUGUGGUGAAACACACAGCAGCUCCUCUCUGCCUUGGGUUCUGUGUCCAUGGAUUCCACCAGCUGUGGAUCAAAAAUGUACUCAGGCUGUGUUGGUACUGAACAUGAACAGUCUGUCCCCUCAUCCAUACAGUGUAUCUACAUAAUAUUUACAUUGUAGGUAUAAGUUGACAUAUUUUAAAGUAUACAGCAGGAUUUGCAUAGGUUAUACAUAGCAAGCACAAUGCUGUUUUAUGUAAAGGACUUGAGCUUCUGUGGGAUUUAGUAUCUAUGGGAGGUCCUGGAAUUAAUCCCUCACUGAUACCAAGAGACAACUGUACUUUGAUUCUAUCCAAUGGAGAUAAAAGUUAGGAUUUAGAAUAAUUAGCUUAGAAAAUUCAGAGUGCUUAUUAAUCAGAGAGGUGCAAUUAAGACCAAAAGGUGGGGCCACUGGAGUUGUAGCUCAGUAGUAGAAUGCUUGCCUAUCAUGUGUGAGCCCCUGUGUUCAAUCCCCAGUUCCGCUACCAAAAAAAAAGAGAGAUGAGAUACCACUUGAACACCAAAAUGGCAAUAUAUAAAUAACCCAAAAAUACCAGGUGUCGGGAUUGGCAUAACUGGAACUUGUAUUUAUUGCUGGUGCAGGUGUGAAAUGAAAAACAGCCUGAUAAGUUUCUUACAAAAUGAAACAACCUUAAUAUAUGACCUAGUAAUUCCCUUCCUGCAAGCAAAUGUGCCUAGCAGCUUUAUUCACAGUAACAGAACUUGGAAACAAACUAGGUGUGUAGCAAUUUGAUAAACACACUGUGAUACAUCUGUUCAAUGGAAUACUACUUAAAUACAUUAAAAAAGGAGUAUAUUUUUUUUGUCCCAUCAGUUUUAUUGGUCAUAUAUUCAGAAUUCAUUAUAUACAUCUUUCAGAAUAAUGGGAUAUUACAAGAAUAGUUUACAAGUCAGCUCUGAUUGCACAAAUACUUGACACAGGAAAUCAUUUUUACAAAUAAGUUUUCUUAGAAGAAUACCUUAAUAAAGAAAAUAAGCCUGUAUACAUCUUA